AUGCCUCCUCCCGGUCGUGAUAAAGGUCGUCCCAGACCACGCAGAUCGGAUGAUGAGUUCGUCGUAUUCCUUCAGGGCAUCCCACCUCAUUGCCGCUGGCAGGAACUCAAAGAUCUCGUGCGCCAAACCGCACUGCAUAUUCGCCAAGCAGUAGUAUACGAUGAUAGCCAUGGAUUCCCCACCGGACUCGGCCAAAUCAUCGUCAAGAAUGAAGACGAGGCCUGGCGAACGUACCAUCGACUUUCCACCAGCGGAUGGGACGGCCAGAGUCUGGUCGUCACACUCUCACGGACCAGUACACCAACCAAGCCCAUUGCCGGUCCUACCAGAAGUCCAGCGAUGAUUCCAGCAGGCUACAUCUCUGGCCACACCACGCCUCCAUUAGUACCUGGAAAUAUGGCAAUGCCCCCAUCACCGGUCUCGCCAGAAUCUUCCAAUCCCCCCACUCCACCAUAUCCAUACCCAGAGUACGGCGUUAUGAUGGUACCCAUACCAAUGCCACACCAAGGGUUCAUGCCUAUGAUGCCAGAUCCACACGCACCACCAAUGCAAUGCUACCCCCCAUCCCCAGUAAUGAACGGCACAAUGUACGAGCCGCAUUGGAACAUGAUCCCAGGCUACCAGAUGUCCCCACCACAGAACUACCAACACUACCACCCCAACUCUCCCUCUUUCUACCCAGAUCGACGAUCCAUCACAAUCGAGAACUUGAACGCGACUACUACAUGCGCCGAUCUAGAAACCCUUCUGCGGACAGCCGGCACUGUCCAGAAAUGCAGCAUAGUCACCACGGACUCGGUCGAUGGCAAUGGCCAGCUCCGCGGGUUGAUCGAAAUGCAAACAGCAGACGAGGCCCAGUGUGCUGUGACCAUGUUCAAUAAUCUGAGUUUCAUGGGCUCGCAGAUUAUAGUGAAGGUUGAUCAUGGCUCGCAUCUUGCAAGGGCUGUUAGCUUUGAUGGGGGUUGUGCUGCCUCAGACACCGCAGGAUCGGUGCCGGGUGGUGGGGAUACGUCUCAGUCGUGGGCGGAUGAGAUGACUGCGGAGGCUAAUGCUGUUGAUUCUUGUAAGCCGUUGGUGAUAGAUGGGUCUGGGUUGAAUAGGUCGGGGGAGGGUUUGUCGACGUCUGCGCCGACGUGA